CACUGAUUGACAGUCAAUUGACCUUCGGUCAUUUCCUGUUGAAGUCUUGGUUAAGGUGUAUCGGUCCUUCAUUUGAUUUCUAAAUUUUGAUAUAUUGGGCCCCAAUCACCAGUUUAUGGAGUACAUACUUUAGUGACUUGUUUUGGUUGUUGUUUUGGUGCGACUCUCUCCAGUUUUAUGGGAUUUUAACCUCUGCAGCGUGGAAAGGCAUUGAAGAAACCACCAUCCGUACUCCUCCAGCUGUGUAGCUGUUGUGUAGCCGGUUGUAGCCGAUUUUACUAGGACCACCCCUUUUUCUUGACAAAAACCCUGAUAUAAGCAGGUAAGCUGCGAUUCUUUAUCAAGUAAUUAUCUGGUGAAAUGAUAAAAACACGCUGAACGUCUUUAGCCUGCCCUCACAAGACAACACAAUAUGAAAUGUCAGAGUAUCCUAACGCAUCAUAAAUAUUCAUCAAGCCAGAAUUAGCAUUUUCUUUCCAUAACAGAUGUGAGUCUAAAAUGACACCUAACAAUUCAUGAAAUGGAUGGUUUUAUUAGAGA